UCUAGCCUUGCAUAUAGAAGGGGAUGUUCUCAUAGGGGGGUUUUUCCCUCUACAUUAUCAGGCAUCUGAGCUUCAGCACAGCUACCAAAGCAAACCCCAGAUCACACCAUGCAGCGGAUUUGAUCAUAGAGCCUUCCGCUGGAUGAUGACAAUGGUGUUUGCUGUUGAGGAAAUAAACAACAAAUCAAGUCUACUACCGGGUGUUAAACUUGGCUAUCGUAUUUUGGACAGUUGCGAUAAUGUCCACAGCAGUCUGCAGGCUCUUUUCUCUUUAGUUAGUUUCCCUGAGUCUGUGGCCAGUCACAAGCAACUGUUUGAAAUUAAAAACACCAUGAAUUUGACAGACAAGAAGGAACAGAAGGGAACAGAAGGGUGGAAGUCAGAUGACAGGGCACAAACAUUAUCAACAACAGUGGCUGAAACUCCGAGAUGCCUGUCUGGUUCGUCCAUUCCAGCUGUCAUUGGUCUUGCAUCCUCUUCCCCAACAAGAGCCGUAGCUCAUGUUCUUGGUUCUUUCAACAUCCCACUGGUGAGUUAUUUUGCCACUUGCACCUGUCUUAGCGAUAAACAUGUGUAUCCAUCAUUUUUGCGGACUGUGCCAAGUGAUCUUUUUCAAGUUGGAGGUCUGGUACAGCUGGUCACAUUCUUUCGAUGGCUCUGGGUGGGCACCAUAGGGACCACAGAUGAUUACAGUCAAUAUGGAAUACAAGAAUUUUCUAAUCACUUUAGAAACAGAGGUGGGUGCGUGGCAUUUCACCUCACCAUUCCAAAAUCACCCACCAUGGCUGAGUUUCAGGAAAUGGCAGACACACUGCAGAUUUCAACUGUACACGUUGUGGUGGUUUUUGCAACAGAGGGACAAUUAUUGGAUCUGUUUCUAGAGCUUACUCGAAGAAAUGUAACAGGGAUCCAGUGGGUAGCUAGUGAGGCCUGGGUGACCGCUAGCCUUCUGACAUUUCCAAACUUCCACAGCCUUUUAGAGGGAACGCUCGGCUUCUCCUUCCCUGGAGUCAGCAUCCCUGGGCUGAAAGAGUUCCUUCUGAAUGUCCGCCCCUCGCCCAAACCAGGGAUGGAAUUCAUCAACAUGUUCUGGGAAGAGCAGUUUGGUUGUCAGCUCAUGUUUGAUGGAAAUGUAACUGAUGAAAAUGAGGCAAAUACUCUGAAUUAUAUAAGGAGUUCAGACUCUCAAAAUAUGUCUAUUAUGACAAAGGAGAGCUCGUUUAAAGGGCCAUUUUAUGAACAAGUUUAUGCUGCUAAAAAUCCUGUAUGUACAGGUUCAGAAGACCUGAGUCUGACAUCAAGCAGCUACAGUGAUGUGUCUCAGGUCAGAAUAUCCUAUAAUGUGUAUAAGGCCGUAUUUGCCAUCGCUCAUGCUCUCCACACCUUACUUAACUGUAGUUCUGCGGGAACUAAUGAGGGAGUGUGUGACAAAUACAAAGAAUUUACCUCGGCGCAGUUGCUAUACCAUCUGAAAAAGGGAAAUUUCACAAAUCAGUUUCAAGAGAGAGUUUACUUUGACACUAAUGGAGAGCCAGUCCCUUUAUAUGACGUCAUUAAUUGGCAGAAGGACAGCGAGGGGAAAAUCAGAUUUGUUAAAGUAGGGGGUUAUGAUGGUUCAGCUCCACCGGGACAACAGUUGAGGAUAAAUGAUAGCAAAAUUAUAUGGACAGGAGGCCAGUCACAGGUUCCCGUAUCUCAGUGUAGCGCUCCAUGUCCCCCUGGCAGCAGACAGGCCAGGCGUCCAGGAAGACCUCAAUGUUGCUUUGAUUGCUUGCCUUGUGCAGAUGGAGAGAUUAGCAACCAGACAGGCUCCACUGAGUGCAUUAAAUGCCCAGAGUCCUAUUGGUCCGACAAAGACAAGGUGAAAUGUGUCGCAGGGGUUGAAGAGUUUUUGUCUUUCAGUGAGACCAUGGGCAUCAUCCUUGUUGUUCUGACUUUGCUUGGUGUGAUCCUUACGAUCAUCAUUACUGUGAUCUUUCAUCAAUUUCGCACAACGCCCAUUGUUAAGGCCAACAACUCGGAAAUAAGUUUCUUGCUUCUUGUGUCAAUUAAGCUAUGUUUUCUUUGUUCCCUGGUAUUCAUUGGCCAACCCUCAGCAUGGACAUGUAUGCUUCGUCAGGCGGCAUUUGGGAUUAGCUUUGUUAUAUGUCUGUCCUGUCUCCUGGUGAAGAGUGUUGUGGUUCUUUUGGCUUUUCGGGCUAAUAUACCGACCUCCAAGGGUCUGAAGCUGUUUGGUCCAUCCCAGCAGAGAACUAUGAUCUUUUGCACUACAACUCCUCAGAUUUGUCUGUGUGUUGGCUGGCUGUUGGGUGCACCUCCCUUCCCUAUCAGAAAUCCUGCAUAUCAAGCUUCAUAUGGAAAAAUUGUUUUGGAGUGCAAGGAGCCAUGGCCACUUGGAUUUUACCUGCUCCUAAGCUACAUUGGCCUUCUCGCUUUUGUGUGCCUUCUCCUGGCGUUCCUUGGACGGAAGCUACCAGAUAGCUUUAAUGAAGCCAAGCUCAUCACCUUCAGUAUGCUGAUCUUCUGGGCUGUGUGGAUCUCUUUCAUCCCAGCUUAUGUUAGUUCACCUGGGAAGUUCUCAGUAGCUGUGGAAAUAUUUGCAAUACUAGCCUCCAGUUUUGGCCUUCUGUUGUGUAUAUUUGUACCAAAAUGUUACAUAAUUCUACUGCACCCUGAACGGAACAUUAGGAAAGGUAUGACUGGAAAAUAUAACAGGUAAACAUCAUCCUAUGUGAUUUAGUUGUAAGUCAA